AAAGCCACUGUGCGAACAAGAAUAUGCGACAAAAGGAGUAAUAAACAAAAACAUUCAAUUCAAUCCAAUUUCACUGGAUAUUUUUGGAUUGGACGAAGAUGGCAACUGCUGCAGAGGAGAACAUUAACAAAUUGAAAAACUAUAUUCUGUCUCCGGAAUUGUCCAUUCAUGAUCCACUCGCUGAUGUUAUACCCCGCAAGUACAAUGCAGAGAAGUUAAUACACUUGCCACGGGGACCGGCAAGCACAAAGUUGGUCCCCAAAAGGGAUUUCUUUACCGGUAAGAUUUUGUCAUUUGUUGAGGUGGAUAUAGAGGACGUGGGUGCGACUGCCAUUAACUCGACGUCUAUGCGGCGGGAACCUGGCCAGCUAGACGAAGCGACACGUGGCUCUGCCAUGAACUUUCCCUUUUGGCCAGGUGGUUUCGAUGAGCCGCCCAAGGAGAUAAAACUCUUAGAAGUGGAUGGCUUUGAAAUUGAUGGGGAACUACUGACGACACCCCCUGGUUUUAGAGCCGGCUAUGACUUUUCCAAGCAUGAUGAUUUCAAGGAUGAUGUUUUAAAGUCUUUCAAAGCCAAGACAGCUGAAAAUGUGAAUUUAUUGAUGAAUCUCGAAAAUGACUUAGAUGUUCAGGAAUGGCUGAAAAUAACCCAAGAAGAGGAAGACAAGUUAGAAGAAGGCGAUAAAGCAAAUAAUUCCAUGUCUGAGUUUAAAGAUGUGGAUGAUGAUAUUAUGGCCACCGAAUUGAAGCCUGUAUUGGAAAUAUCCACAGCCAAGGAUACAAGACUGCAGACUGAAUGGGCGGAAAUGUUGGAUAUAUCACAGCCAAUAACAGAUUUUAAAGAGAAAAUACCUUGUCCCGCCAUGUCGUAUCCCUUUGAGUUGGACACCUUUCAAAAACAAGCCAUCAUUAAGCUGGAAGAACGCCAAUAUGUGUUUGUGGCAGCCCAUACAUCGGCCGGAAAGACUGUAGUGGCUGAAUACGCCAUAGCCUUGUCGCAGAGGGAUUUAACCAGGACCAUCUAUACAUCGCCUAUCAAAGCCUUGUCCAAUCAGAAAUAUCGCGAUUUCAAGAAGACCUUCAAAGAUGUAGGACUCAUUACAGGUGACUUGCAGAUUGAUCCCACAGCUACUUGCCUUAUCAUGACUACCGAGAUUUUGAGAUCCAUGCUCUAUUGUGGCAGUGAUAUCACCAGAGAUUUGGAAUAUGUCAUAUUCGAUGAGGUACACUAUAUAAAUAAUCCUGAGCGCGGCCAUGUUUGGGAAGAAGUUAUCAUUCUCUUGCCAGAUCACGUCAAUAUCAUAAUGUUGUCGGCCACUGUGCCCAAUACCAUGGAGUUGGCCGAUUGGGUGGGCAGUACAAAGAAACGUAAAGUGUAUGUCAUAAGCACUCUAAAGCGACCGGUGCCUCUUAUGCACUACCUGUAUACGGGAUCGGGUGGUAAAAGCAAAGACGAUCGCUUCUUGUUGGUCGAUGAACAAGGUCGUUUCUUGCAGGACAACUAUGAAAAAGCGGUGGAAAAGAAAAAGGCCGCUCAAAGCAAAACCAAACAAGGAGGUGGUGGUUCUGGUCCUAAGCAUCAAACGUCUACACCAAAACAAGAUCAAAACACAUGGAUAGGUUUGAUAGACUUUUUGAAGCGCAAUGACUUAAUGCCGGUGGUGGCAUUUACACUUUCCCGCAAUCGUUGCGACAUGAAUGCCCAGGCGCUUACUUCCAUUGAUUUGAAUACCGCCCGCGAAAAAGGUUCCGUUGAGAUAUUCUUUCAACAGUGCUUGUCCAAACUAAAACCCCCAGAUCGUGAAUUGCCCCAAGUAUUGCAAAUGAAAGACUCGUUGGGUCGAGGAAUAGGUGUACAUCACAGUGGUAUACUGCCUAUCCUAAAGGAAAUCGUUGAGAUGCUCUUCCAGGCUGGUUUAGUUAAACUACUUUUCGCCACCGAAACAUUUGCCAUGGGUGUUAACAUGCCGGCGAGAACUGUUAUCUUCGAUUCGCAUCGCAAAUUCGAUGGCAUGGAAGUAAGAAAUCUUAAACCCGGUGAAUAUAUCCAAAUGGCUGGACGUGCCGGAAGAAGAGGCCACGACAAGAAUGGCUGUGUCAUACUCAUGUGCAAGGCCAAUGUGCCACCGGCACAAGAUUUGCGUUCCAUGAUUUUGGGUAAACCAGAGAAAUUGGAAUCACAGUUUAUCCUACGCUACGCUGUCAUUCUGACUUGUCUGCGCAUUGAAAGUAUUAAAGUGGAAGAUAUUAUGAAAUUUACCUUUAAGGAAUUCAAUCAAAAGCUACAGCUACCGGCUCAACAAAAACAAUUGGAAGUGGCCCAAAGUAAAUUCUCAAAAAUGGCCGAAUUGGGGGAGCAUUUGCAGCCGCUGUGUAAAUUUUAUGAAAUGGCCGUAGAAUUUAUAACUGAGAAACAAAGGUUGAUGAAAUUUUUCCUUACCCAACCUAAAAUUGUAAAAGAACUGAAGGUUGGACGUGUGGUAUUGAUUAGCAAAGGCAAGCAUUACAAAAAACUUGGGGUGCUUUUGUCAAUGAAAGCGGUACCGGGUAAAGAUACCAUAUACCGUGUCUUAGUUUUGGAUCAUCAAUUUAAAAGCAACGAGAAGGACGAUUUCUAUAGAGGGGAAAUUUAUUACAAAAUGAUAUCACUUACACCCCAAUAUAAAUACUUCCAUCCAGAAGGCAUUGGUGGUCAUACCAUAUUGGAUUUACAAGCCGCCGACUUUGUGGAAGUAACAAAAAGCUCGCUUAAAAUCGAUGCGGAUGUAAUCAUACGCAAUUGGGAGCAAAGGCAAAUCGAGAGAUUCAAAGAUUCUCCACCUGGUGCUACUGUUGUCAAAGCAGUCUCGGAAUUACAUCAACUCAACGAGAACUACAUUCAAAAUGCGGAUGCCAUAAAACUCCUUAACAUGUCCAAAGAGAUCAAUGUAAACUCUGACACAGAAAUGGCACAAAUUCGUUAUUUGGAACAUUUAGGCAAACAAAUACAAGAUAUACUGCCACAUACAAAUAUAGCGGGAUUUGAGCAAGAAUUUGCCAUAGUCUAUGAACGCAAAGUGCUGGAACAUCGUAUUGAGGAAUUGAAAUUCAAGAACUCCACUAAGAACCUUUCUCUAUAUCCCGACUAUUGCAAUAAACUGGAGGUGCUGAGAACUUUGAAAUACAUUGAUGAGUUGGAUGAGGUUACCUUGAAGGGAAAAGUAGCCUGUGAAAUGGGUCAAAAUGAAUUGCUUAUUACGGAGCUAAUUCUAUGCAAUAUGUUUAAUAACCUUGAACCAGCAGAAAUUGCAGCACUACUAUCGGGUCUUGUUUUUCAGGCUAAGAUACAAGGCGAACCUGUCAUACCGGAAAAGCUCAAAAAGUGUGUCAAAGAGUUUGAAGAAAUUAAUGACAAUAUCUUGGCUGUAGAAUUGCUUCAUCAUGUCAUUGCACCAUCCGAAGAGCGCUUGAAUUUUGGUUUAGUUGAAGUGGUCUAUGAAUGGGCCCGCAAUAAGCCUUUUGCCGAGAUUAUGAAAUUAACAGAAGUCCAAGAAGGUAUUAUUGUCCGUUGUAUACAACAACUUGAUGAAACAAUUCGUGAUGUAAAGACUGCUGCAAUACGCAUUGGAAAUCCAGCAUUGCAAAGCAAAAUGGAAGAGGCAUCGAAUGCCAUUAAACGUGACAUUGUGUUUACUGCAAGUUUAUAUACAACAUUUUAAUGUCCCGCAAACAAAAAUGAUGACAAAUAAAAUAAUAAAACAUUUUAUAUUUGGAAAUAA